AAAAAAAAAAAAAAUUCCUUCUCGCCUCUUAAAUCUCUUUUCUCUGCCCGCAACCACACGCACAAACGAAGACCCGGUGUUGGUUUCUCUCUCCUUCUCUCUCUCUUGGAGGCGGUCUGGGUGGCGCAGCCAAGAAGUUAGAAUUUGGAAUUUGGUUUCCGAAUUCCAGUCGAGUGGUAUCGAAGGCGGAGAGGAUGAGGUGGAGAUUCUUGGAGUCUCUCGAUUUCUUUCCUGGCUAGUCAGAUCAGCUUUCUUCAUUUCUUUAGAUAGAAUCUGCCUUUUUGAUUCGAUCUGAUCGAGGGGUUAAAAAAGAGAAUUGGAAUUGAGUAGGAUGGGUUAUUUGAAUUCUGUUGCUGGAAUUCAGGCGGAAGGCUCUCCCGUUAGCGGGGGUGGACUCAGUAUGAAUGGGAAGUUUAGCUAUGGAUAUGCAAGCUCUCCGGGGAAAAGGCCAUCUAUGGAAGAUUUCUAUGAGACUAGAAUCGAUGGUGUUGACGGAGAAAUUGUCGGCUUGUUUGGAGUGUUUGAUGGCCAUGGUGGUGCUCGAGCAGCAGAGUAUGUUAAACAAAAUUUGUUCAGCAAUUUGAUCAGGCACCCGAACUUUAUUUCUGAUACAAAGUCAGCUAUAGCUGAUGCAUACAACCAUACAGACUCCGAGUUUCUGAAAUCAGAGAAUAAUCAAAACCGAGAUGCAGGGUCAACUGCUUCAACUGCUAUCCUUGUUGGUGACCGCCUGCUAGUUGCAAAUGUUGGUGAUUCCAGGGCCGUAAUAUGUAAGGGAGGGAAUGCUAUAGCUGUUUCAAGGGAUCACAAGCCUGACCAAACAGAUGAGAGACAACGGAUUGAGGAUGCAGGAGGGUUUGUAAUGUGGGCUGGGACAUGGCGUGUUGGUGGCGUACUUGCUGUUUCUCGUGCAUUUGGUGAUAGGCUCUUGAAGCAAUAUGUUGUUGCAGACCCUGAAAUUCAGGAGCAAGUGGUAGAUGGCUCUCUUGAAUUUCUCAUCCUUGCAAGUGAUGGACUCUGGGAUGUCGUUUCAAAUGAGGAGGCUGUAGCCAUGAUCAAACCCGUAGAGGACCCAGAGCAAGCAGCAAAGAAACUGUUGGAGGAGGCUUAUCAAAGAGGAAGUGCUGACAAUAUCACUUGUGUCGUUGUGUGUUUCUUAGGUGGCCAGGAUAAGAACGUUCAAAUACAGCAGGGGUAAAGCUUUGCUGCUUGCUCUUGGUGAAUGUUAGUUGUUUGUAAUUAAAUAUAGUAGAGUAUAAGGUUGGAGCCAAAUAAGAAUUACCACUCCUGCCUACUGAAACAAUCAGCAGAGAACAGUCUUCAUGCAGGCUGUAGUCAUCUCAUCUUUGUUGGCUUUUAAAGGGAAGUUGCCUUUUAUUUUCUGAAUCCCCUGGUAGCUGACCUAAUCAAGUUUUGUGGGAGCAGUGUCGGAUGGGACCUGCCAAGACUAUAGAACCUUUUUAACUGUAGUAUUUUAAGUCAAAUAUUUGGAUGCAUGUGGAGAUCUUUGAGAUGAUAUUGUUAAA